GGCCACAGCCUGCACCGGGGCGGCGGCGGCGCGGGCGGCCGUGCUGUGCCGCGCUAUGUCUGCGAGCGCUGCCGCGCCUGGGCACGGGCCGCUUCCCGCACGUCGGGGGGCCUCGCGCCGCGCUCCCAAAUAGGAGCCCGAGCCGAGCCCGAGCGCAGCGCAGCCGCAGCCGCAGCCGGAGCCGCAGCCGCAGCCGCAGCCGGAGCCGGAGCCGGAGCCCCCGCCCAGGACGCUGGCUCUGCGGGGCAGGUAGAGCCGGGCGGCGCAGCGAUGCGGGCGCUGGAGCUGGUGGUGCUGGGCGUGGCGUGGCUGGCGGGGCUGGCGCGCGGGCAGAACGAGACGGAGCCCAUCGUGCUGGAGGGCAAGUGCCUGGUGGUGUGCGACUCCAACCCCACCUCCGACCCCACCGGCACUGCGCUCGGCAUCUCCGUGCGCUCGGGCAGCGCCAAGGUGGCCUUCUCGGCCAUCCGCAGCACCAACCACGAGCCCUCCGAGAUGAGCAACCGCACCAUGAUCAUCUACUUCGACCAGGUACUAGUGAAUGUCGGCAGCAACUUCGACUCGGAGCGGAGCACGUUCAUCGCGCCGCGGAAGGGGAUUUACAGCUUUAACUUUCACGUGGUGAAGGUCUACAACCGGCAAACCAUCCAGGUGAGUUUGAUGCUAAAUGGGUGGCCAGUGAUUUCUGCCUUUGCAGGGGACCAGGAUGUGACCCGAGAAGCUGCCAGCAAUGGAGUCCUGAUUCAAAUGGAGAAAGGCGACAGAGCUUAUCUAAAACUGGAGAGGGGAAACUUGAUGGGCGGCUGGAAGUACUCGACAUUCUCUGGAUUUCUAGUAUUCCCCCUUUAAACGACGGAUCCCCCGAAGCGAGAGCGCGGGCAGCGAGCCAGAGCAAUUUCUUACACGUCCCCCAAUUGUAGCUGGGUGUAAAGAGCCUUGGAAAGCAAACUUUGUACGGUCAAAUAGGAAAGAGGCUAAAUCCUGCUUAGGUUUGUGUCCAUCUGCUUUGAAGAAUUCUUUUUUGUUGUCGUGGUUGCAGCCGACAGACAGGAGACGCUGCAAUCGCUCCCACCGCCGUGUCCGCCUCUUUCUCCCCCACAUCAAUUCAGCUGAACGUGGCCCUCGUGCCCUCGCCACCUCCCCCCGGUUCUCCAGGCCGCUUCUACCUUCAGUAUUUGCAUUGUCCCUCACCACGUUUUGUGGGUUUGUUUUUAAAACAUGUCAUUCUCGACUCUUCCUCUGAGUUUAAAAAAAAAAGCGAAAAAAAAAACCAAACAAAAAACAAAAAAAGAAGUAUUUUUUUGAAUCCGUGGGUGCCACGACGAGAGAGAAAAUGCAAAUCUUGCUGUAACCUGGCUGACAAACGUAAACCGAAGAACUAUUCCCAGCCAAGGCUGACUAGAGUACUUAAAUAUUUCUAUGUAAUUCUGAGUGAUUGUGAAAUUUAAGGCUGCUAAAUGUUUUGAUGCUUGUUUUGCUCUUGUACAAUGUGGCCCGACUAAACGCCAGGAAGUAUAUUGAACUUUUACUAUUACUCUGUAAUAUAUGUGUGAAUAUCGGAAAUUAAUUUUUGCUUUAAUUGAAUAAAGUUUAAAUGGGACUUUUA